AUGCGGCGCCUCAUCUUCCCUCUGCUCGCUCGCCUCUUCGUUUUCUUCCUCGCCACCGGCAGCUCGCCGGCGCACGGGGAGGCCGCCUCGCCCGUGCUCCACCCGGUCGUGCUGGUGCCGGGCUACACCUGCAGCAACCUCGACGCGCGGCUCACCAACGAGUACCGGCCGCCGCCGGGGAUGCCCUGGUGCGACGCGAGCAAGGGCAAGGGGUGGUUCCGGCUGUGGAAGAACUACACGGCGCUGCAGGCGGACCCUAGGCUGGUGCCCUGCUACGCCGACCAGCUGCGGCUCGUCUACGACCACGCCGCCGGCGACUACCGCAACGCGCCGGGCGUCCAGACCCGUGUCGUGGCCUUCGGCACCACCCGCGGCUUCGGCUCCGACGAUCCUGAACAAUUGCAUGGAGAAACUGGCGACGACACUAGAAGGAGUCGGGUACAGAGACAGCGAGAACCUGUUCGGCACCCCUACGACUUCCGGUACGCGGCGGCGCCGCCCGGCCAGCCGUCCAGGGUCUUCACCUCCGACGUCUCCCGCCUCCGGCGCCUGGUGGAGCACGCGAGCAGCAAGAACGGGGGCAAUGCCGUCACAGUCAAGCUGGUGAUCCUCGUCUCGCACGCCUUCGGCGGCCACUACGUGCUCCAGUUCCUCCACCGGAGCCCGCCGCCGUGGAGGCGGCGGAUGGUCAAGCACUACCUCAUGCUCACCACCGGCGUGGGCGGCGACGUGUCGGUGCUGAGGGUCAUCGCCUCCAACGACGCCGGCCCGUCGGCGCCGGGCGACGUGCUGUCGUACGCCAACACCAGCCGGAGCUUCGCGUCGCCGCUCGCGGUGCUGCCGUCGCCCAGGGUGUUCGGCCGCGCGCCGGUGUUCCUCGCCGCCGUGGGCUUCCCCGCCGGCGACGUGGCUCCGCGGUACAUGGGGAGGGCGCUGCCGGUGACGCUGGGUUUGAGGGCGCCGCUCGUGCCGACGACGAGCGUCGUGGGCGUCGGUUUGCCCACGCCGGCGCGGCUCACCUACGGGGACGGCGGCUUUGGGAAGAUGCCGCGGGUAGUGAACGGCGACGGCGACGGCGCCAUCAACUGGGAGGCGGUGCUGGCAUGGCGCACGGUGAUGGAGAAGGACCCGGAUCAGGGAUACUUCAAAUCCGUUCUCCUCCCCAAUGUGACCCACAAUGGCAUCCUCUCCGAUGAUUUGGCGCUCAAGCGGUUGGUUGAGAUUCUUGCGGCGGCAAAUCAAGCAACUUCUUAA